AUGACGGAGGCCGCUGGCAUAUCCAGGCAUCAGUCCCACAAACCUCGUCCAGAAAAGCGGCAAAAGCGGCCGCAAUUGACGCACUUCCUGUGUCUCCCUCUAGUAAACACUAAAUCGCUGCCGCAGCUGGAAUUGUCACUUGUUGCCUUUAAAACCGCCCAUCUCGCUGAGCCCGGGUCACCUUUUCAAUCGACCCCCAAUGGCCAAGGGGCCACCUUCAGCCUGGGUCUUCCCAGCACAGCCUUUCGUCCUCUGGGCACGCUUCACCUUACUCUUGGGGUGAUGAGCCUUACCAAUAAAGAGCGUCUCGGUCAAGCUCUUGCUUUUUUCCAAUCCAUCGAUCUGGCAGAGCUGAUGAACGAAGCAGAGCGAGCCACCCACACACAGCAAAGAAGUGCCCUUCACCCAUCAUCGCCAUUGACCAUUUCUCUUGAGUCAUUACAUGCUCUGCCGCAAGUCAGGUCAGCAUCAAUACUAUAUGCAUCCCCGAUCGACCCUACAGGCCGCUUGCUACCGUUUUGCAUCAAGCUCCGUGACAAAUUCAUCGAAGCUGGCUUCAUCCAAAGCGAGUCUGAUAGAAGACCAGCAGGAAGACAAAAGCCGACCAUUCGCUUUGUCCAAGACUGCCACCAGGCCUUUGAGUCCGGUAGCAGUUCUAUUGAUGUGUCUUCACACUCACGAGAAAGCAAAACUCUCUCCGAACCCCCUGGCGCGUCGAGAAACCCGGACCCAUCCAUAACUGUAAGAACCCGAGACCCAAAACCGCAACCACAACCACUCCUCCUGCACGCGACUCUUGUCAAUACCAUUUACGUUCGUGGCCGACAGGGCCAGAACAAAGAUUCAAAGAGCAGAACUCUACCCGAACGCCUUACAUUUGAUGCUCGCAACCUGAUUUCUCAAUAUUGUAACUACUACUCCGAUGAUAAUCAAACUAUCCCACAUCCAGCUCCUGCUGUAUCUUACGAGAAUAGCAAAAAUCACCACAGCCGUGCGAAGUCUUCGCCAAUCCCCAACAAAAACAUUAUUUCCUCCAACCAUGAAAGCUAUCCGGACACUCCUUUCCCACCGUUUCUCCCACCGUCACAGGGCUAUCCUUUCAUUUGGGCGAAGGAAAUUCCUCUGGAUACCAUCUGCAUUUGCGAAAUGGGUGCCAGGAAACUGCAUCCCGUUGUCAACGACAACGGUUUGAAUGAACGCCUCGGCGAGAAAUAUACGGUCGUUGCAGAACGGAGUCUAAAUCCAUGA